UAAGCUUGUCAACAGUUGCGUCGUCUGCUUCUCGACGAAAUACCUCAUUCGUGGAGGGACGUAACGAGUCGUGACUUCUUUAAAGAUGGUCAAUAGGAAAAUAACUCAGAAGUGAUUGGAAAAGUUUGAAUGAAAAGUAGUACUCUCAAUACGAUGUUCCAUGACGCUAAACUGAAACUAGACUGAACAUAUACAAAAGGAGAAAAAAAAUAUAACAAGACGACUGAACACGAUAACGUGUUUUGUUUCAAAUUCGUGAUUAAUUAAUGAAAUGAGACGGGCGUACCUGUUAUAUAAGCUGGAUUUAUCUAAAAGAAAAUUGACAACCACCUAACGAGAAGCUUAACGUAUUGACGGCACAAAUUGAAAAAUUCGUUAAUAAUAAUGAGAGAGACAUGAGUUUUGUCAUUAGACUUUCAAUAUCGACGUUAUUUUUGCAGUUCAGCCCGUUGUCUAUAAUCAUUUCUAAGUAGGCCUGGAAUGGAUGUUAAUUAUUUUCAUUAAAUCUAGUGAAAAGAUAGCUAUUGACUUUUACAUAAACAUCUGAUGUGAAUUUUAUGGGUCUUGAGAUAAAAGAUAAUUUGGUCUAAUUACGGAUCAUAAGUUGACUUGGAAGAUGUAACGGAAAUAAUACGGUAAAGAAAAGAUAGUAUGAGAGUGAUGCCAUUAUGUCUAUGUUGGUCCGGAAGGCUACCGUCCAUCGUAAAUCCCGUGGUACCGUCAAACGAAAACCACCUGGAACGUCCGUUGCCACCCGUAACCAGACACUGAGUAAAACCACAGAAAACAGAGACCAUUCACAAUCACCGAUAUUACCAAAGAAAGAUUUUAAUGUCGUCAAAUGUGCAGAAAACACAGUUGUGACAUUCAACGAAGGGCGACAACUCUACCAAACUUCAUUGGGUCAUUCGGAUGCUCCGUCCACAGAUUACAGUAACCAUAAUACGGAAAUAUGGAUACAUCUCCAGGAAGCUAGUAAAGAUGCUGAAAGUUCUUGUGAUUUUGUAUGCCGAGCCUCUGACAUUCUUUGCCAUACCUGUUUAGUCACCUUGUUUUUAGGAUUGUUAUUAACAUUGCCUAUAGGAAUGAUAUCCAUAGGUGUUAAAUAUCUGACGGAUUGUCCUGUUCAGCCUAAAAUUCCUGUGUAUUUACUUGUUGGUGGUUGUUUUGGACUGCUCAAGUUGAUUGGCAUGAUAUGGAAGAGCAUUCAAAUCCGACGGUACGAGAGUAUGGACUUGUUUUAUGACGCUAACGGAGCAGACCACGCCUUUGCCUCAAGUACUUUCAAAAUAAUGGACACCAUGCUGUCGCUGUUUUUGAUUGGUUGGCACUGUGUGGGUAGUUAUUGGGUGUUUCCAAUAUGGCAGCCUUACUACGAACCUUUAUUACACGAACCCAGCAAUUAUUGUGAAAAGACUGUGUAUUUAUUUGCUUCUUGCCAAAUCUUAGGAUGCUCUACGUUGGUGUGUCUUGUGUUCUUGUGCCUCUGUGGACUUGGGUUGUGCCGGGCAGGAACUGGGAUGUUUCAAACUUGAAAUGACUAUGGUUAUAACAGUGAGUUAAUAAACAGAAUCGAUUAUUUAUUAUUUAAUAAUCAAUGAACAAAGUAUAUAUUACGAUGUAAUUCGAAUAUGAGUUUAAAAUGAGAUCAUCAAUGAGCGUCACUGGACAGGAAUUUUGAUAGGCUUAUAUUUCAGGAUAAUUUAAUAAGACCACUAAGAAAUAUUUUUGUAUAUAUUUUAACACAUCAUCGGAAUAACCAAAUAAAUUUCAACAUUAAUUGAUAUCCGUCAAUGAAAGUUUUAUUUGCCUACAAAAAAUAAUUUAUAUUCGCAAAUGGAAGUUUUAUUUGCCUACCAAAGAUUAUCACUGAGAAACAUAAUUAGAGAUAGCACGGGGUCUUAUAUUUUUUUGGACGCGUGUGGGAUAUUGUUAAACAAAGUGGCAUAAACAGAGAAGGUACUAAAAGUCAACCUGGAAAAUCGACAAAUCAAUAUUCACAGAAGAUAAAGGCCAAUUAACCAUUUUAUCUGAUCAUCUCCUCGAUAUUACUAAUUGUGUUUUUAAAAAAUAGAAUUAUUCUAAUCCAUCUAUCCAGCCAUUGGACAUUCCCGUCACUAUUUUGGAUAUUUCCUUUUAAAAAAAACAACAAUAGUUUAUUUUAUACACGUCAAAUCAGUAUCUAUACAGGUAUUCUAAUCGGAUUUGCUUAGAUUAUAAAACAAUCUUUACAAUACAAUAGAGCAAUGGUUUUGACCAUAAAGAUUUAAAGCCAUAGUUGGUAACCGUAAAUUCUUCCUACCGACAGCCUAUUUAACUUCCAUAAGAUCAAGUUGUAGUUUCCUGUUAUUAUGGAUCUGGCUAAAAGGUUCUUCUAGAACGUCAAGGGCAGUUUUAUUUAUUAGGGUAAAUCCUGUUGGGUUUGUAUGAUAUAUCUGGUUGGAUGGAAUAGGAAGAUUUGCUAUUGCAUAAAAAAGCGACGCAUUUUGUACGACGCGACGUGUAGUGUAGAUACAGAAAAAUGGGGUUUAACGCCCAUUCGACGCAAACCAGAUUAUUGCGGUACUAAACUAACAUAUAUAUAUAUCGUACAAUUUUAUUUCAAUAAAUCGUUUGCGCGUAGGAGUCAUUAGUAGUGAGAGUAAACCGGAGUACCAGGAGAAAACCCACGAGGUUGGAUAGGCUAGAGUAGAUACAGUUAUAAUAUGCUGCGUUGUGCAGUCUACUUAGCUUUUUAGGAAUAUACAACUUCCCUAAAGUAGGCAAGACUUGGCUCUACUGCAAUAGAAGAAGAGUGUCUCCUUCUCUUUACGUGGCCUUUAUGAAAAAUAACAAUGUCAACAUAAUAUAGGUAACGCCCUACUUCGUUAAAACCUUCCCAAUGCUAUUGUAGUUCAUUAAUGAAGAUAAUACACAAUAUCCAUUGUUAAAUAAAUGCAGACAUUACUCUGAUCUUGUAAUCAUCUUUCUUAAAAGUAUCUUUAAACCAAUAUUCUUGCCACAAAAGAAAGCUCAUAACAAUGCACCAACAUCACUAAUUAAAGUUAUUUAUAUCCUUACUAUAUACAUAUAUUAUUAAAGUAUAUUACAUGUAUAUGUAUGAAAACUCAAGGUUACAGGCUUAUAUUCAGUGAAAUAUAUCAAAGAACGUAUAAUUUCGGUCGUACACCCAUUCACUCUGAAACAUAAAUCGAUUAGGUAUUUUGUGGGUUUAAUGUUACAUAGCAGAAUUAUUUGUUGAUUAUUUACAAAUUUCUACCAAAAUCCUGCAGCCAGGCUAAAACGAAUCGUCAAAACUUGCGCGGAUCAUAUUUUAACACAGGGUUCUACCUGAUUGGGUUUUCGGUUGUUAACAAUAAAACUGUUAUGGGGUAAAUUAACAAAACCAAAUAUUAAUUUUACGUUUAAAGAUAGUUUCUUCGAGUUUAAUUAAGUGUGUUGUAUGACUUCAAAACUUAUGUUUAACUGAAAGUAUGAUAUUUCUUAUAUGAUACUGAAAUAAUUAACUGGGGUGAUUAUUAAACUCGGAAUAAGCUCCUUAAAUGUCAACCCCGAUUUUGGCACUCGGCAAACCUCAGCUGACUCCUCCUACAUCAACCCUCGGUUGUAUGACGAGGUCCGCCAUUCCAAGUUCUUUCAAGUUUCCGGAUUACCAACGGCGUCGCCCAUGACGACGCAUUUGAAAAAUGUUUUUCAUUCAAGUUUAUCCGAUUUUCUUUAAACAAGGUCAAGUUGCAAUGAAAAUUCUACACACCUAAUUUUGAGAACUUUUUUCUAAAAGCGGCAUGUUUUCCUAAUAAGCAUACCAGUAGCCGUAUCGCAAUUGUAUAGGUGUAGGUACAUAUCACUUACCGUCAUACAGCCGAAACUAGAUGUAGAGUACCGGAGUGCCUUUUGGAAGGCGACUGCCUGUCGUUAGCGCCUGAACCUGUAUUUGAAAUUGAACAGUAAAGAGACUGUCUUAAAUCUUGAAACGCCUGGAGACAUCAAAGUAUUCGUGUACUAUUUUAAAGAUGUUAUUGGUUGUACCUUGAUGAUCUGUACCAAAUAGAAGUGAUUUAAUUGAUUGCUGAUGUAAUGGUGAAAGAUUUAAUGAGUUUUAUUGGGCAUCUGAAUAAAAGGGGCACCAGAGGAGAAAAUGUUCAGAAUCUUCAAAUGGAUGACUGCAACUGCAUGAUGGAUCUUCGAAGAUAUGUCGUAAAAAUUUAUGUCGCGACAAGAAAGACACAGUCUGCUAUGUACAAUCUGAUUGUUUCUUUUGCCUUGUAAAAAUGAAUUUGGAAUAAUAAGAUCACUUAGUUUUACUUUUUGUUUGAAAGUAGUCAGAGACGGAGAAAUUCUUAUAAUGAUAUCAAGUUUGUUCAAUUCUUUUGUUGAAAAACAUCUCGCAUUGAUAUCCUGAAAGAGUUUCAUCGUAUUUCGUCGGGAUAGAAUUAAGUCUUUUAGCGUACGUAACUAACGUACGAAAAUUAAAUGGUAGCUGGGGUUUUUUUUCGCACGUAUACAGUGAAUGGCCAUUUUGCUCAGUAAUCCCAGCCAAAAUUUGGCUAUUUAUUUAAAAUUGCGUUAAAGUUUUAAAUUUUUGUUUAGAACUGAAAUAUAUUAACUUUUAGUCAAUCCCCACGCUAAAACCAUUAACAGAAUUGAUUGUGUAUAUCUGAAAUAGACACGACCGAAGCACAAAAUAGUGCCAAUAUGCCGACGUCAAAUCUAGAGUUGUAGCUGAUAUUAUUUUUCUGAAAAAUCAUUGGAAGAAGCGAUAAGACGUUCUGUACGGAUUAUACAGUCCUAAAGGUUGCAA